AUGGCUCCCAUCCCCGAUCCCUUCGCGCAGGAGGCGCCCAUCAAGACCCGGCUGCCGCAUCCCUACAAGACCACGUACACCCUCGAGCGCACCGCGGCCGCCGACGGCAUCCAGUCGUAUGCGCUGCGCAAGGCCGCCGCGCAGGAGCCCGGGACGCCGUUCCCUCACACGCUGCACAACGACCAGCUGGUGCUGAGCCGGCUGCCGGCCGAGGAAGCGGACACUACCAUUGACGAGAACGACAACACGCCGUGGGCCAACGCGCGCCGGAGCCCCGUGUGGACGGCGAGCUGGGCGAGCCAAGAGGCGCCCACCACGGCGCAGGUGUGGCUGUUCCUGUACACCUUCUUCUCCGUCGACAGCACGACCGAGUCGAUCCGCUUUCGCGUCGAGGGCGCCGGAGCCGCGGAGCUCGCUGCGGCGCUGCUCAACUCCAUGGUGGCCAUUGAGCACCCGAAGCCCUCGUACGGCUCGACGCAGACGUUCCAGCCGCGUGACGGCGAGGUGCUCGUCCUGCGCAGCGCCUUCUGGCAGGGCUGCGCCUCGCCGCUGGGAACGCAGCCCAUCUGGCUCCCCGCGUGGAAUCCCAACGUCGUGCCUCACGUCGAGUACACGCUGACGCCGACCGACUCGACGCUGCUGCGACACCCGCGGCGCGCGCCCAAGCCGGCGCCCAGCUCCGUCAUCUACAGCCGCUACAUCCCCUCGCUGGACCAGCACUUCUCGCUGCAGGCCAUCGACUACCGCGACCCGGUGCAGCUGGAGCUCUUCCACAACUGGCAGAACGACCCGCGCGUGGCCAAGGGCUGGAUGGAGUCGGGCUCGCUGGAGCACCACCGCACCUAUCUCAACACGCUGCACGACGACCCCCACACCAUCCCCGUCUUCGGCUGCCUCGACGACAAGCGCUUCGCCUACUUUGAGAUCUACUGGGCCAAGGAGGACAAGAUGGGCGCGCACUACCCGUCGCUGGACUUUGACCGCGGCCGCCACGCGCUCGUGGGCGACGCCUCGUACCGCGGCCAGCACAUUGUCAUGUCGUGGUGGCCCAGCAUCAUGCACUACACCUUCCUCGACGACUGCCGCACCGAGCAGGUCGUGGGCGAGCCGCGGUUGACCAAUGAGAAGAUCCUGAUGUACGAGAUGAUCUUUGGCCUGCACCAGAACAAGUACCUCGACUUGCCGCACAAGAGGGCCAACUUGGUCGUGUGCUCGAGGGAACGCUUCUUCCAGCUGUGCCCGUUCCAGCAAAUGCUGCCGCGGGUGGCCGGUACCAACUUUGGUUUUGAGCCGAAGCUGUAG